AGGAAAACGAAUAUCCAGAAACCACAUAAAUAAACUCACAUUGCAGACAAAGAAAGCUCUGUCAUUUAUCAACCACCGAACAUGCACUUUAUUUUACUGGGCCUCUGUAUUAUACAUCGCUUGGAAACUUCACAUCAACAAUCCACGAAUCGUCGCUUCUCCUGGAAAUAAUGAUCCCAUCUGUACUGGUACUGCUGGCAUUUACCGUGCUCUCUCCUGGGGGCUGCGUAGCGUGGGACACUACCGAGAUGUUCUUGAAGACGCUUGAUUCUGAGGCGCUCCUUUCGUAUUUUGGCACAGAAAAUGUCUCAGCCUCUGACGUGGCAUUCACAAACCUGACAUGCACCUGUGAGGACACAGGGAGGACACCUCUGUGCUCUGCCACCCUCUGCAUCCUUCACUCACACCUGGGGAAAUUUAUAUUUACAUUCCAGGAUGGGUAUUGGCCCGUCCAUGUAGAGCGAGUUUUAAAUGCUUCUCUGCACCACCUCAUGCAAUUUCCAAAGUCCUGCAGGUCAAUAGGCACCACUCUGCACCCCUCUGGGGCGAAAUCUCUGGUCACUUUCUGUGAUGGACAGCUGCGUGGGUUUAUCACGACGGAUGUUUACAAUUUCUUUGUCCAGCCACUAAAGAAGAGGAAUUCUUUGCAGAGACAUGGACUUGGGGGCCUUCAUAUAAUGACCCGAGCAAAAAUUGCACACACAGAUUCACUGAAGCACCAUGAAGCUCAUCAACUGACAAAAAGAGCAGCUGUCGGGGUUAGACACCUGGAACUUCUGGUAGUCGUUGGCCAUGAUGUCUAUCAGUUUCAUCAGGAGGACACAGAGAGAUAUAUUCUUACCAACCUAAACAUUGGGGCAGAGCUGAUGAGAGACGUCUCACUCGGAGCUGCGAUUCGCGUGCACCUGGUCAAGAUGAUCAUUCUCACUGAGCCAGAGGCCGGGAUCCAGAUCAGCAACAACCUCACGUCGUCUCUGAUGAGUAUGUGUGAAUGGAGCAGGAAAAUCAAUCCUCAGAGUGACUCUGACCCCCAGCACGCUGAUCUUGUGCUCUACGUCACCAGGUAUGACCUAGAGUUACCGGAUGGAAAUAAGCAAGUUCGAGGAGUGACCCAGCUGGGUGGGGCCUGUUCAUCCUCCUGGAGCUGCGUUAUCACUGAAGACACUGGCUUUGACCUGGGGAUCACUAUGGCCCAUGAGAUCGGGCACAGUUUUGGAAUAAAUCACGAUGGGACAGAAAACAGAUGCAGAGGAAGUGGCUACGUCAUGGCAGGCGAAGGGAAUCAAAACAACAUCCAUCUGACGUGGUCGGAGUGCAGUCGUGAGCAACUCCUUUACUUUCUCAGCAGUAGCGCUGCAAACUGCGUCAAUGACUUACCAGCACUAGAGGACAAUAUACCAAACCUGAAGCCUGGUCUGUAUUAUGGAGCCAAUGAGCAGUGCCAAAUCGCAUUUGGAAACUCGGCGCUGGCCUGUACCUUCUCCAGGAAUGAUUUGGAUAUGUGCAGCGUCCUCUCCUGUCACGUCAGUCGUGAAGAUAUGACUAGUUGCAACCGACUUCUCGUCCCACUUCUAGAUGGCACCGAGUGUGGCCAGAACAAGUGGUGUCACAAAAGUCACUGCAGAUCCCUUGAAGAGCUCAAUCCAGUUGCGGCAGUGCAUGGCGUCUGGUCCAGCUGGAGCACAUUCUCACCCUGUUCUCGGAGCUGCGGAGGUGGAGUGAUUGUGCGGAAAAGGCAAUGCAACAAUCCCAGGCCAGCAUUUGGUGGUCGGGACUGCAAAGGAUCCGGUCUCCAGGCUAAAAUGUGUAAUUUGGAGGAUUGUGAAAAGACACAACUAGAUUUUAUGACAGAACAAUGCGCUGCUACAGACCACAAACCCCUCGUCUUGUCCCCUGGGGUCAUUUCAAAAUACAGCUGGACAUCGGCUGCUGCCUUUGCCUAUGGUGACGAGCUUUGUCAGCAUAUGUGUCAGGCACAGGGGAUGAGUUUCAUGGUGCGACGAGGAGAGAGCUUCAUAGACGGCACCCGAUGUCAGCAAAGCACGGAGGCGAAUGGCAUGUUUAACAUCUGCAUUGCCGGCCGUUGCAAGGUCUUUGGAUGCGAUGGAGUGAUGGAUUCUGCGAUGGUGGCGGAUCACUGUGGAGUCUGUGGCGGGGACAACAGUACAUGUAACAAAGUUAGUGGCUCUUUUACAGAAGGAAUAGCUGGGGAUUAUUUCACAUUCCUGACCAUCCCAGUUGGAACCAUGACACUUAGAGUGACCAAUAAAAAGCCGCUCUUUACUCAUUUAGCUAUUAAAGAAAACUCUGACUACAUUGUAGCUGGAAAGCAGAGUAUCUCCUUAAACAUCACUCACCCCUCUGUCGUGGAGGACAAGCAAAUGGAAUACAGAUUGAUUUUAACUGCUAACAAGCUACCCAGUUUGGAAGAAGUCCUCGUCAGUGGACCCACCUCCACCGACAUUGAGGUCCAGGUCUACAGAAGAUAUGGGCCAGAAUAUGGAGAAGUCACCAAUCCGGACAUCACCUACAGCUAUUAUGUUGCCAAAAAGGAUCAUUCGUACGCCUGGUUACAAGUCUUCGCACCCUGUUCAGCCAGCUGUGGAGGAGGAUUUCGAAAUAUUGUCUAUGAAUGCUUCGACCACAUUCUUCAAAUGCCAGCUGAAUCCAAGUUUUGUAAUUAUUCUGAGAUUCUUGGCCCAGCACAGGAACCUUGUGGAGAUGACCCCUGCCCUCCGAGAUGGGACGUAAUGGAGUCCUCUGCAUGUACCGCCUCCUGUGGAGGGGGGCUAAUGAGCAGGACAAUCCAGUGUGUCCAAAAGCUGCGUGACACUGAGACCGUUGUGCCGGAAUGGCAAUGUGCCCACACCUCUAGGCCAGAAGCCUUUGUUUCCUGUAACACAGAGCCGUGCCCAGCAAGGUGGGAGGUGUCAGAGACCGGUCCUUGCUUAGCAAUCUGCGGCUCGGGGACAGCAAGGCGCCAAGUCUCCUGUGUACAAUCUCAGUCUGGCUUGGACACUGUGGUGGAUGCCUCUAAAUGCCCAAGGCAGGAGAAGCCAUCAGAACAUGUUCCAUGUGUGAUCAGUGUGUGUCCUGUUGGCUGGGAAAGGAUCAUUUCUUCAGUAAAAGGAGAUUUGCCUCUCAGCAUCUUCCCCUUCUGGAAUGAUACGCAGGUUUUUGUGUGGAGCCCAAUACAGGGUGAAUGUUCUGUGACCUGUGGCACUGGAACUUUGGAACUACAUUAUGUUUGUGUCCAGUUUUACUCCAAAGAAGAAGUGCCUGAAAAUAAUUGCAACCAAACACUGAAACCAGACGCACAUCACCGACCAUGCCGACCGCAGAGCUGUCCACCUCUCUGGGAGGUUCAGGAGUUGUCACCGUGUCCGCUGACCUGCGGAGGAGGAAUAAUCCCGCUUUCUGUCACAUGUGUCCGAAAAGAAAAUGAUAUCUCAUACCGAAUGGCCCCCUCCAGGUGCAGCCACUUACCUCAUCCAGGCUUCAUGAAAGCAUGCGCCACGGAGCCCUGCCCAGUCCGGUGGCGCUACAAGACCGGAUCUUGUAGUGUGACCUGUGGAGGAGGAAUUUUACAACGUGUUCUCUAUUGUACUCGGGAUACUCAGCAAGGCAGUACUGAGGAACAAAUUGUGGCAGAUAUGGAAUGCCAGCACCUGCCUCAUCCUCAAGAACAGGAGCCCUGCAACCAACAGCCUUGUCCACCAAGGUGGCGAGUGGUGGAGAGCGGUCCAUGCUCUGCUGCUUGUGGCUAUGGUGUAUCCAGGCAGAAGGUGGUGUGUAUGCAGACAGUGGCAGGGAUAGAUACAGAGGUGGAGCCCAAUUCUUGCCCAUCUCAUGAGAGACCCUUGUCUGCUGUUCCCUGCUUUAUCACCCAGUGCUUCUACACUUGGGACCUGGGGCCCUGGACAAAGUGUUCAGCUACCUGUGGUAAUGGGAUUCAGCAGCGAGAAGAAUUCUGCAUCAACUCAAAGACCCACCAGCAUGUCACCCCCGCGUUAUGUGGCCACACGCCAAAACCCAUCACACUACGUGGCUGCUCUGAAAAGCUAUGCCUGCAGGACACACAGACCACCCGACCGGAUGCUGCCCAUACGUUGAUAGGAACACCACAGACCUCUGUUGCCCCAGAUCACCAAAGACCUCAAUAUAGAUCCUCACCCCCUGGCAGUCAUCACACACCAGAGAGGCCCGGCGGAGCAGCAUCAGCCGAUGGUGCAGGAGAUGAAAAAGGUGUAUGCGGGCAGCUUUUCCUGAACGCCUCUGGAAUAAUCAACACCACCGGGAUUCUGGAAAACGAUUGUAUAUUCUCGAUCGGACGGCCGCUAGGAGAGAUUAUUAUCAUCAAGAUUCUGUCCAGCUCUCUGAACUGCUCAGCUGGGGAGCUUGUAUUGUUCUAUGGCAGAGCUAUGUGGAGAAAGGCUUGUACCCGUAUCUCAGGGGUCACAGUGCAAACACGAUCGAACACAGUGACGGUGAGACAGCGCCAAGUUCACCCCGGUAAUGGAAUAGCCCUGGAGUACUCAACUAGACUGGUCUCUAAAACCUAUCACCAAGACUGUGAUGUGCAGCUGUUCGGAAUGCGAGGGGACAUACGAAACCCUGUACAGCCGCGGUUUGAGCUGGACUCUCCUGCUUGCCGUAUCUUUAUUGAUGUGCCUCCUAAGUAUACCAUUGCAGUCCAUGCUUUGUAUAUGGACCUUAAAAAUGGGACCAAUAAGACGCAGUCAGAUUACAUCCUGAUUCGGGACAUGAAGUCGAUGAAAUCCACCGCUUUCCAUGGAAACAACUUGUUCUACUGGGAGUCCACAGGGAGCCGGGCAGAGGUUGAAUUUAAUGGCGACUUCUCACAGGACAGAGUCAGUUUCCAAGCGCAGUACUGGGCGAAGGAGAGGGGGAAGCCAACUCAGAAUGGAGAGUCUGUUGUCUGACCAGCCAAUGGUUGAGGUGGUGGAGCGUGAUCGUGAUUACCUUCAAAACAGGAGAAGGUCUGCUGCCCUCUCAUGGUUACUUACCUGUAGUGCAUACUGUACAUAUAAAGCUGUGACUGAUCAAUUUGUCGCUCAUUCAAUGCAAUUUUUUCAGGUUCCUGCCGUGAUAAAAAUCAU